AUGAACAAAAAAGUAAUAUGCCUGUUUGACGUUGAUGGAACACUUACAAAGCCACGCAAUAUUAUAUCCGAUCAUAUGACUAAAUGUUUGCUUAAAUUGUGCUCUAAUAUUCCCUUGGCUAUCGUUAGUGGUUCCGAUUUCCAGAAGGUUUCUUCACAGAUUGGGACACUCGCUACCGAAAAAUUUUCAUAUAUAUUCUCUGAAAAUGGUUUGGUAGUACACAGUUAUGGUCAGAAAAUUAAAAGCACAAAUAUUGUUGAGCAUGUUGGUGAGGACAUCCUUCAACGUUUCAUCAAUUUCUGUCUCCAGUAUAUGUCAAACCUCUGGCUUCCGAGGAAAAGAGGAAAUUUUAUUGAAUUCAGAAAUGGUUUGAUAAAUGUGUGUCCAGUUGGACGAAGCUGUAGUCAGGAAGAACGAGAUGAAUUUGCUGAAUAUGAUGCGAAACAUAAAAUUCGAGAAAAUUUCGUCAUGAAAAUGCGUUCGGAAUUUCAUUCAAGUCCUUUAGAGUUCGCUAUAGGUGGACAAAUUAGUAUUGAUGUUUUUCCAAAAGGUUGGGACAAACGAUACUGUUUACAAUUCCUGAAAGAUUACGAUACUAUACAUUUCUUUGGUGACAAAACGGAAGAGGGUGGAAAUGAUUACGAAAUAUUCAAUGACCCACGAACCAUCGGACAUACUGUUACGUCACCGGAAAAUACAGAAGCCCAACUCAAAGCGUUAUUCCCCGAAUAUUGUUAA